GGGACUGAAGCCGAAUCUGCCCGUUUAUUCGCAACCACACAGCAGAGGCAAGUGAUCGGGACCGGAGUAUGAUCGCUGUCCGCAGAGCAUAGAUGUGCAAAACCCCUGGAUUAUCCGUGCGCUGGAGAGGCCAGAACCGACCACCGUGGACGGCUGUGUUUAUCUAGUCGUCAAAAAAGAAAAGGGAAAGAGCCACGGUGGAAAGCAUGGCGGUAGAAGAGGAAGGUCUCCGGGUUUUCCAGAGCGUUAAAAUAAAAAUAGGAGAAGCGAAAAACAUCCCUCCGUACCCGGGGCCAAACAAGAUGAGGGACUGCUUCUGCACCGUCAACCUGGACCAAGAAGAGGUCUUCAGGACCAAGAUCAUAGAGAAGUCGCUUUGUCCGUUCUACGGGGAGGACUUCUACUGUGAGAUUCCACGCAGCUUCAGACACCUCUCCUUCUACAUCUUCGACAGGGACGUCUUCAGGAGGGACUUUAGCAUCGGCAAGGUUGCAGUGAAGAAAGAGGACUUGCAGAAAUAUCACGGCAAAGACACCUGGUUCCAGCUACAACCUGUCAGCGCUGACUCAGAAGUGCAGGGAAAAGUGCACCUGGAGCUGCGUCUGAGUGAGGUCAUCACAGACAGUGGGGUCAUUAACCAUAAACUAGCCACACGCGUUUUGGAGUGCCAAGGUCUUCCAAUCGUCAACGGCCAAUGUGAUCCCUAUGCGGCCGUCUCCUUACUAGGACCGUCAAGGUCGGAAGCCAAGAAGACCAAAGUGAAGAGGAAAACCAAUAAUCCACAGUUUGAUGAGGUUUUCUAUUUUGAGGUGACGCGACCGCUGAGCUACACCAAGCGUCAGUUCGACGUUGAAGAGGAGGACGUCGACAAGCUGGCGCUGAGGGUGGACCUGUGGAACGCCAGCAACCUGAAGUUCGGGGACGAGUUCCUGGGAGGGGUGCGAGUCCCUCUGCGGGCGUUGGGUCAGGCCGGUGUCCAUGACGCGUGGUACUUCCUGCAGCCCCGGGAGAACGGGGGGAAGUCGGUGAAGGUAGAGGAGCUCGGCUCUCUGCGUCUGAACAUCGUCUACACCGAGGACCACGUCUUCCCCUCCGAACACUACACGCCCCUCAGAGACCUGCUGCUGCAAUCUGCCAAUGUAGCGCCCGUGUCGGCGUCCCCGGCUCACACUCUGGGGGAGGUGUGUCGAGAGAAACAGGAAGCCGCCAUCCCCCUCGUGCGGCUGUUUCUCCACUACGGCAAGAUUGUGCCUUUCAUCAGCACCAUCGCUCACGCCGAAGUCAACCGCACGCAGGAUCCUAACACCAUUUUCCGGGGAAACUCGCUGACUUCCAAGUGCAUUGACGAGACCAUGAAACUGGCAGGAAUGCACUAUCUGCAAGUGACACUCAAACCCAUCAUCGAUGAGAUCUGCACGGACCACAAAUCCUGCGAAAUUGACCCGGUCAAGCUCAAAGAAUCUGAGAACCUGGAGACAAACAGGGAAAAUCUUCGUCAGUAUGUGGACCGGAUCUUCAACGUUAUCACCACCUCUGGCGUUCGCUGUCCCACCGUCAUGUGUGACAUCUUCUUCUCUUUGAGAGAGUCUGCUGCCACCCGUUUCCAAGUCGACCAAGAUGUCCGAUACACAGCAGUGAGCAGUUUUAUUUUCCUGCGUUUCUUCGCUCCAGCCAUACUCUCCCCCAACUUGUUCCAUCUACGGCCGCACCAUCCGGAUCCGGCCACCUCUCGAACCCUAACCCUAAUCUCCAAGACCAUCCAGACCCUGGGAAGUCUCGCCAAAUCUAAAUCUGCCAAUUUCAAAGAGUCUUAUAUGGCGGCAUUUUACGACUACUUCAAUGAGCAGAAAUAUUCGGACGCUGUGAAGAAUUUCCUGGACCUGAUCUCCACCUCUGGCAAAUGGGAUCAGAGAAGUAUUGAAACACCGAUCAUGCUGAAAGAGGGGAGUGUAAAACUCUAUAUAAAGAGGGGUAAUGGUAAGGGGUCAAAAGGCACGAAGGGCAGAUUCAUGAUAAAGAGGGCACAGGGGAGAAAGCGGUUCGGAAUAAAGAACUUCAAGAAGAGAUGGUUUCGCCUCACCAAUCACGAGUUUACCUACCACAAAACAAAAGGCGAGAGCGCUCUCUGCAGCAUUCCCAUAGAGAACAUUUUGGCUGUAGAGAGGCUAGAGGAGGAGUCUUUCAAGAUGAAAAAUAUGUUCCAGGUCAUCCAGCCGGAGCGGGCGCUCUAUAUCCAGGCCAACAACUGCGUCGAGGCUCGCGACUGGAUCGACAUCCUGACCAAAGUCAGCCAGUGCAACCGCAAACGCCUGAGCACCUACCAUCCCUCAGCCUACCUCAACGGCCACUGGCUUUGCUGCAAGCUCUCGGCAGACACAGCCAGCGGCUGUACGCCCUGCACCGGCGGCCUCCCAGCAAACAUCCAGCUGGACGUGGAUGGAGACAGAGAGACCGAGAGGAUUUAUUCCCUGUUUAGCACAUACAUGACCAAACUGAUCAAGAUGCAAGAGGCCUGCGGCAGUAAAUCGGUGUACGACGGUCCCGAACAGGAGGAGUACUCCAGCUUCGUCAUCGAUGACCCCCAGGAGACCUACAAGACCCUGAAACUGAUUGUUUCAGCGGUGCAGACCUUAGAGCAGCAGCACACCAAGUACAAACGUGACAAGUUCAAGAAGACAAAGAUUGGCAGCCAGGAGCAUCCAAUUGGAGAUAAAAGUUUCCAGUGCUACAUCCGCCAGCAGUCUGAGAGCUCCACCUACUCCAUCUAGCUUGUGCUCGGUUUCCCACAAUGCCUAGAACCAGCAUUAUUUUCAUUACUAGAGAAUAAUUCCGUCUUGACAAUGCGCCGGGUCUAGGAUUGAGUUUUUAUUUCCCUCCAAAUCGAGAUUUUAAGGUGAGAUAAUUUCACUUAUUUCCAAAGCAGGAUCCAUGUUUCACUUUUUUAACCCCUUCUGAGGAAACAGACUUCUGUUUUGGAAAUAAGUGUCACCUGACUGGUGCAUCUGUGCAGUUUUAGGAAAAUAAGAGUCCAUACAUGGACUUUUUUUUCUGCAGCGUCUCAAGAUGCAUCACUCCAAAUGUGGAGAACAGACCUCCGUUCUGCAUGAAAAAUACAGGAACAGUUGUGGAGGAAAGGAAGGAUGCUAAUAAGACAUCUACUGUAUGUGGAUCUCCGGUCGGUGAUGAGACGAGAGAACAAGCCAACGUUUUUUCACUGGACAGUUUUGACAGUGACCAACACGCACUUUACUCGCCUCCACACCAAUGGAUGAACAAGCAUCGCAGCACACGUUCAAAAGCUCAUUUUAUCUGUUUGAUUUGUGUUUGGUUAUUAUAAUGGCUGACAUGUUGAGAUGUAUUGUAUUUCACCCCAGAAGGAAGUUAGGACUGUACUUUGCCCUCUUUGGGUGGUGUUGUCCCCAUGUUUUUGUAGUUCCUUGGUCCCGUACCUCCUCAGGAAGGCUGUGAAGGUCGAGGGAAGGAAAGGAUUGGCGGGACCAAGCAGAGACGAGAGGCACUUGAUGUUAUCAACGUUAUCUUUCAAUUUCAUCCCUCAUUUUUAAUCAUUAUCAACGACGCUCUCACAGACGUUUAGGAUCAUGUUUUCACGUUUCAUUUGAAGCCUUGUUCUGCUGUGGUGGGAUAUCAUGCUCCUGUCUGACCAGUACCUGGGAUGAAUCACUAGCUUCUUCUUUUUGGAGAGUUAGAAAAACCCAUGGAUGCCUUUUUUGUAUCACAAUGGGAGUCAAAUUGCAGCUUCUAUUUUUAGCUGAACAUCUUAAUCGCCAUCUGAACAAAGACAUUUAAUAACGCCCAACUGCGUGCAGAUGGCCCCCGUUCCCUCCCUUGUAAAUUCUACAUCUGCGCUUUAAAACAAAUAAUUAUGUGCUAGCAAUAUAAACUCAGUGGCCACUUUAUUAGGUGCACCAGUACAAUCUAUUGCCAUUAAGGCAAAGCAGGAUUAAGGUUGUUCUGGCCUCUAAUGUGUUUGUCUUUCUUAUUCACAGUACAGCUGUACAUGAGUUUGGCAGAAUAUCAGGAAAGCUUUAUAAAGGGCAGUCACAUCACAAUCACCUCAGUAAUAAAUAUACAACCUAACACCAACAGUGUAAAAAGAAGAAAAGUGAAUAUUGUUGGCAUCAUAAAAGCAGACGUUAUGGCAGAACAGUUGUGUGUGAUUGCAUGACACUGUAUGGGUCAAAUGAGUUCUAUUUAUACAUCUAAUAACAACCCUGCUUCAGAUGUACACAAAUAAGUAGCCAAUGAGUGUAUAAUAGAUUAAAGAAACGCUUUUUGCAACUACAUUAAAUUGCCCCAAACCAAUUGCGGCGUGGGCCCCUGUGGGCCCCUGUGGGCCCCUGUGGGCCCAUUGGCAGUUUCCCAAUUUGUCCAGUCAGCAAUCCAAACUUGGCUGAGAGUGGCACAAAUCUAUGGUGCAUAAAUAUGAGUUUUUCUGUUGCAGAUUUGAAUGGAAAACAGCGUGUUUGCCUGGUCUUACGGGGUGCCAGUAUUUCUUCCCACUGGUCAGUGGCUGAGCUUUAGCUUGACUCAUCAACCAUCCAUUGAGCUCACACUCACGCUGCAUGAGAAGGAGGCAGAAGAGCCAACAUAUCUAUUCGCCCAUCACAAAGCAGAAUCUACGCGUUAGCACAGCUCCUGAACAGGGAUGUUCUUUAGGUUUUAACUGAUAUACUAACAUUUUAACAAGUCUUGUCUCAAGUUAUGAUUGUGAAAUGGGUAGCGUGUUACUGGUUGUGUUGCACUGUCGGCUGCCUAAUAAUGUAGUUAUUCUGUUUUGUGCGUUGUCUCCAUCUUACUUUGGAAAUAGCUGCGCCCUGUAGUUUGAAACUAUUGACAUGCAUUCCCCCCAUCACGCCUGCUGUGAAUCUUACCGGUCAGCACCCGGUACAGGAUUUAUUGUUGUUAACCAGUUGUGUUGUGUUGUUGUUCGCCUUCCAAGGGCAACCACUGUCAUCAGCACUCCCUCUUGCCAAAACCAGUGCAUGUGAAGAAUAAGUUGUAGCCACGGCGGCGGCAUCCUCAACAGUCACUUCUGUGCGACCAGGUGACUACAAACCUCAACAAAUUUUGUAUUUUCCCAAACUAAGUACCUGGUUAUGUAGCCUUGCGGGUACUCCUGUGGUCACAGGAUCACAAACAGUGCCAGUCAUCACUUUUAUAAAAUUCUCUUUAUGAAAAACAACAAAAAAAAGUUAGUUGUUUAGAUAUGUUUUUAUACAUAUAUCUCUAUACUGUUUUAAAAACAGAUGAGCAAUUAUUCAGAGACAUCUUUUUUCUCUGUCAAAUGUGUUGAUCUAUCAACCAUAAGGGAGGCUCAACUGUUGGACUGUGUUUUCUAAUUAUGUCAUACAAACAUCCUCCUGUGUGGCUGAAGUGAAUGACUGAGGUGUGUGUGUUGUUUUGUGUGUACGUGCGUGUUUGUACAUUUGUCAGUGUGUGCAUGAGUGACUGGGAUGACGGGUUGUAUUAUCCCAGUGCUACAGGUCAGCAAAGGCAGACUCCCACGUGUAAAAACAAGAGAAAGAUCACUGCCUCGAAAGGCUGCUGCAGUGGGGAAACACGGUUGCUGUACUCUGGCCUGGUAUGGCGUGUCUCCUCUUUUCUCUUUAUAGAACCACUGUUCCAUUUCAAGGAACCUUUGCCAAUAUAAUCUACCCACACAGUUUAUAUAUGCACACAGUGAUAACAUUAAGAGACCAGUAAUGCUGUAACCUCUUAACUUUGGUGAGUGUUACUGUCUCCUCAGGUGUAUGAAACUGCAGCACUGCAUGUUCUUUUAAUGUUUUGGGCGGGGGGGGUUGCAGAGAGUGAGGAGACUCUGACUUACGUAUAAACCACCAAACAGCUCUGUCACUCAGCCCUAACUUGAUGAUCAUAUUUAUUAUCAUUUUUGGUGAAACCUUGCCGGAGACAUCGGCUGAAUUGGUGAAGUAAUGUAAGUUACAACAGUGUCAGCAAUUCCUUCACCAGAAGCCCCAAAGGGAAUAACUUAUGCAAUAAUGGUGUUUCAGCAUGCAAUAAUAGUGACAACCCUUCAAAAAGCCCACCAAAUUAUCAAUGCACAUCCGCUGACCCUUAGCAGUGAAAUUUCUCUUCAGAUAAACACGUGUAAUAAAGGGCAAACAAUGUAUUUUGUACAAAUAUUUUAAAAGUAUUAAAAUAAGCCUGCUAUAUGUGUACAUAGAACAUUUGAAUGAAUGGUGAAAAUGUGAUGUGUUUUUUCCCUGAAUAACUAAAUGAAACCAAUAUUAAUGAAAA